AGCGCUCGCGGAGGCUGGACGGCGGCACGAGCGCACCUCUGUGUCCGGACGCAGACACUUUACCUCAUCCUCACAGCCGUGCUGUCCGUGUUUUACCCCCACUUCACUUCAACACUUUCUCCAGCACUCGCAGGCAGGCUCGCGUGUUUGUUUGUCGGCGGGGAUGCGCGUCUUCUCGCUCUUAGCCGACAGCCGACCCCGCGGUCUCUGACUCGUUCGAACCGGUUCGACUUCAGCAAAACUUUUGCACUUUUGAUGCCAGUGAAAUGGGACCGCGCCAACCAGAGUGCGUGUCCGCGCUUUGCAGACAGACUUUGCUGUGGACCGCACUGGUUCUGUGGCUGACCGCCUUUGUGGACGGGACCUGGAAGACUGGACUUUACAAAACCUACUCAGCCGGCACGCAGACGGCCGCCUCUCACACCUCAGUCUAUCAGAAAAGGAACUGGUGUCCUCAUACGGUCACGAAGACAGUGACCUGCCAGGUGCAGAAUGGGACAGUUCUUCACCGGGUCUACCAGACAUGCCGCUGGCCUCAGGGAUGCACAGGAGGCAGCUACAAGACCGUAGUUAGGCCUUCGUACAAACUGGUAUACCGCACUGUGACCUCUAUGGAAUGGAAAUGUUGUCCAGGAUUCAGCGGCGCCACCUGUGAAGAACAUGCAGGGAAUCAGCUCGUGGCUCAGGAGGCACUGAGGAAACCAUCCAGUCUACGUCGCCCACCUUCCUGCACGGUGGAACAAAUCUCUAAUUGCCUCAAUUGCUCUCGAAUCACAGCUUUGAGUGACAGACUGAGCUCACUGGAGGCAAAGGUCCAGUUACUCAAUGCUCCAGCCUCCAUAUCACAGCAGCACUUAAAGGGAGAAACUACACCAGAGGCCUCCUCACUGAUGGGGGCUGUGCCCGCUCAGGGAGCUCCUGGUGAGCAGGGACCAACAGGGCCACAGGGAGAAAAGGGAAGAGACGGGGUUCCUGGCAGGGAUGGGAAGCCAGGAUUGCGAGGACUGCCAGGUCCCAGUGGGCCUCAGGGAGAGGCUGGGGCAAGGGGCCCAUCUGGAGCACCAGGAACAAAGGGAUCCCCAGGACCAGUGGGGCCCCGUGGUCCUCCAGGACUUCCAGGAGAGAGGGGUCUACCAGGGCCACCAGGCCCACCUGGACCAGCCAGUGCCCGCAUUCCAGAACCAGACGAAAAUCAAGGUAAAGACAACUUCUUCACCAACACAUUCCAUGAUUCACAAGGUUCACCUGUCCCAGGGCCUCAGGGCCCCCCUGGCCCCAUCGGUCCACCAGGUCCCAAAGGCCCAGUUGGACCUCCUGGCCCACCAGGACUGAAUGGAAAACCUGGAUCCCCUGGAAUGAAGGGCCCUGUUGGGCCAAAAGGAGAGCGUGGGGAGAGAGGUCCUUUAGGUUAUCCAGGAGAGAGGGGCUUCAAAGGAGAGCCGGGAGUUCCAGGCCGAAAGGGGGAGCCAGGAGAGAAGGGCCUACCGGACAUUAGCUUGCAGAUGUUCCACGACUUGCAGGCAGACCUUGAGCUUCUGGCUCGCAGGGUGACGCUGCUGGAGGCUAUCAUCUGGCCAGAGCCUGAUCUAGGGUCUGGGGAUGGACCGUUUGGCACAGCCUCCCCUAGUUUCGACAGAGAUAAGCGAGCAGGUGUGCUUCGACUUUCUUCUCCUCUAUCCUCCAACACCAAAGUUCGAGGGAAGUAGCUCCCACUCACCCUGAGGAUCACAGACUGGGCUGACCUCCCCCUCCUCUAAGUCUCUUCAGCACUCCACACAUUUAGACCUUUCCUGAUAUGUUAUCUGGGCUUUACCGUCAGAUUUAGAAUGGAACACACCUCAGGGAAACUCCACUGAUACUCCAUAAUGCCCCUUCUCCCAUCAGGAACCACGAUUAUAUAAAAAAAAA